CAUAUUACUUUUACGUUCCUCCGGCUAUGUACGAAAAAGAAAGUCAUAAAAAGAUGAUAUCUUUGUCCAGGCACGGAGUAUUUUUCAAGUAGACCUCAAGAUAAAGGAAUGGAUUUUAUAUCUUAAAGAAACCGUGCCUGAUUGACGCCUUUUACGCGAUAAAACAAGCAUUUAUUUCAACCAUUCAGUUGGGUUGGCGACUGUAUAUGCAUCCGAGUUGUCAAACUGUGAACUCUUCUCGUUUGGGAUGAAGCUUGUAAGUUUCUAACUGUCACUGUUAUCUUUUGGAGGAUAGUUUUAUUGGUAAAGAGAGCUGCGAAGCUUUCCUCUGACUCACAAGGAAAGCAUUUUUUUUCCAAGAAGCCCGUCUUACGAUAGCUUGCGUUCGUUGAGGCUACAAUAAUGAACACGAUGGCUUCUAGGACACAAAAUCCUCAUGGAUUACGUCAAAUUACUUUAGAUGAAAUCUGGGAUGACCUUAGAGAAGGAAUACAGCAUGUUUAUAAGCAACAAAGUAUGUCUAAACCACGCUACAUGGAACUUUACACACAUGUGUACAAUCACUGCACCAGUGUUCAUCAACAGUCACAAUCCAGAGUUCCAAAGCAAAAGAAGGCACCAAAUCAGGGAGGAGCCCAGUUUGUAGGCCUUGAAUUGUAUAAAAGACUCAAAGACUUCCUUAGGACUUAUCUUAUAGGCAUGCAGAAGGAUGGUGCUGAUCUGAUGGAUGAGUCUGUCCUUAAAUUCUACACCCACCGCUGGGAGGAUUAUAGGUUUUCAAGCAAAGUUUUAAAUGGGGUAUGCGCUUAUCUCAACCGACAUUGGGUUCGCCGAGAGUGUGAUGAAGGAAGAAAAGGCAUAUAUGAAAUUUAUUCACUUGCCCUAGUAACAUGGAGGGAAAAUCUAUUCCGACCACUCAACAGACAGGUGACAAAUGCUGUGCUGAGGUUAAUUGAGAGAGAAAGGAAUGGUGAAACCAUCAACACAAGACUUGUCAGUGGAGUGAUCCAGUGUUAUGUUGAACUUGGCCUGAAUGAAGAUGAUCCUUCAGCAAAAGGACCUACCCUCAGUGUUUACAAAGCCUCUUUUGAGUCAGUAUUUUUGGAAGAUACAGAGAGAUUUUACACAACAGAAAGUACAGAAUUUCUGAGGGAAAACCCUGUAACAGAGUACAUGAAAAAGGCUGAGGCCAGACUAUUAGAGGAACAAAGAAGGGUCCAAGUUUACCUACAUGAAAGCACACAAGAUGGACUUGCAAGGAAAUGUGAACAUGUGCUGAUAGAAAAGCAUCUGGAUAUUUUUUAUUCAGAAUUCCAAAAUCUUUUAGAUGAUGACAAGAAUGAAGAUCUUGGUCGCAUGUACAACUUGGUUGCCAGAAUACCUGAUGGAUUAGGGCAGCUUCGAACCCUUUUGGAAAAUCACAUAACAAACCAGGGUCUUAAUGCUUUAGAAAAGUGUGGAGAUCAAGCAUUUAAUGACCCCAAGGUGUAUGUAGAAACUAUUCUUGAAGUACAUCACAAGUACAAUGCCCUUGUCUUGACAGCUUUUAACAAUGAUGCUGGAUUUGUAGCAGCACUAGACAAGGCAUGUGGCAAAUUUAUUAAUAGUAACUCUGUCACUAAACAAGCUAAUAGCUCAUCAAAGUCUCCUGAACUUCUUGCCAGAUACUGCGAUUCACUGCUAAAAAAAAGCUCAAAGAAUCCAGAAGAAGCUGAAUUGGAAGACAUUCUCAACUCUGUAAUGGUUGUGUUCAAGUACAUUGAAGACAAAGAUGUUUUCCAGAAGUUUUAUUCCAAGAUGUUGGCUAAGAGAUUAGUACAACAUAACUCAGCUUCAGAUGAUGCAGAAGCUAGCAUGAUUUCUAAACUUAAGCAAGCAUGUGGUUUUGAGUACACAUCAAAACUUCAAAGAAUGUUUCAAGACAUAGGUGUUAGCAAAGAUCUCAAUGACAAGUUCAAGGCACAUCUAGCAAACACAGAAUCUUUAGAUUUGGACUUUACAAUCCAGGUUUUAAGUUCAGGCUCGUGGCCGUUCCAGCAAUCAGCACCAUUUUCACUACCAGCAGAGAUGGAAAGAAGUCAUCAACGUUUCACGACAUUUUACAGCAGUCAACACAGUGGUCGGAAGCUACAUUGGGUUUACCACAUGUCUAAGGGAGAACUAGUCACAAACUGCUUCAAAAACCGUUACAUUCUGCAGGCAUCGACAUAUCAGAUGGGAGUUUUGCUCAUGUUCAAUAACUCGGAGAGUCUGACUAUGGAACAGAUUCAAGAACAGACUCAACUUAAAACGGAUAUUCUCUCGCAAGUCCUGGGAAUUUUGUUGAAGUCAAAGCUUCUUGUGUGCGAGACAUCUGAUGAUGGCUCCAACAUAGACCGCCAGACCUCAGUCAGCCUUAACUUAGGAUACAAAAGUAAGAAACUGAGGGUUAACAUCAAUGUGCCGAUGAAAACAGAGCAGAAACAAGAACAGGAACAAACACACAAAUACAUCGAGGAAGACAGGAAACUUCUCAUUCAGGCGGCAAUUGUACGAAUCAUGAAGAUGAGGAAGAUGCUAAAACACCAACCUCUGCUGGCAGAGGUGUUAUCACAGCUGUCGAGCAGAUUCAAACCCAGGGUUCCAGUCAUUAAGAAAUGUAUCGACAUCCUAAUAGAAAAGGAAUACCUCGAGCGAGUGGAAGGAGAGAAAGAUACUUACGCCUAUUUGGCGUGAGGACUGGGCAGCAGCUGAUUUACUGCUGCUAAACGUUACGGUUUUUAAGUCAGCAGCUGCGCAUGCGUCAGCCUGGACAAAACCAAAUAUUUUCGUGUUUUAUAAAUCAAACUUCACACCAACCAACCAGCAGUGACUGAAAAUAACUCACACUGGCUUAAUGAAGUUUUUCUUGCUUAAAAAAAGAGCUGUCGGGUUACUUCUGUUGAUUGAUGUGCGACUUGGUGUGGUAACUCGCACAGCGCUAGGAAGCCGAUUCUGUAUCACUUUACAAGUCCAUGUUACACCCGAUAUACGCUACACCUUAAUUCUUUAUAGCGGUGUCUGCUUGUAAUAUUUAUGUAUUUUGCUAGUUUUUACUGACGAGGAUUACAAACAUCCUUGUGAAAUUGUUAAUUUCUAGGGCUCUUGAAGAAGUAAAUGUUGACCAAAUUUA